ACUUCUUUCAACUUUGAAACUCGCACAGUGUGCGCAAGUUUCAGUCGGUUCGCGUUUAAUGUCGCGUUCUGAUCUCUCGUGUGAACUUUUCUUGGCACUCACAGUAGUACAUAGGCAUAUACCUGUAGGUUAUUGGUAAUAUUGAAAUUCAAUCAAGCUUAAUGCAAAACAAUUACCGAGGAAUGCGGUCAGCGGUUUCUCGGCCCGAUGACGUAAUUUUUUUGCCGCCUCGUACUCGCCUCGCGUCCAUAGUCAGCCAACACGAGCACCGGCAGCAGAAACGGGAGAAACAGAAACGGAAAGAGGAGAGAAACGAAACGGUAGUAUGUGCUCCCGGUGCUGCUGCUGCUGCUGCUGCUGCUGCUGCCUCCGAAGAUACGUAUGUACACGCAUGUCUCCUCUGUAUCCGUAUAUACACACGCAGAGAUACGCAUACAGUGUCAAUUUUAAGGAAGGGAGAUGAUAAGGUGUGCGAUGCAGGGGCCCCGGCUGGUUCCGAAUACUCCUCUCCUCUCUGCUUUUGCUUUUGCUGUCCGCAAGUGCCAGUGGGAAAGGAAUGCAAUGGCUCCUUUGAGAACAGCCGACCACCACCUUCUCCUUAUAACGCGAUUCUUCGAUGCCCGAAGGAUUAGAGGGAUGUAACAAACGAUGCUGGAUGUACUGACCGUUGUAAGAAUUAUUAGUCGAUUGAAUAUUUAUUAAAGGAUGAUUAUUUGUUCUAGUAGUUGUUGAAGUAGUUGCAGUUGUGGGUGGUGUUGUAG